ACCUCUUUAGGUUCCUGCAUCAUGCGGUACUGAUUGAAAGAAAAGCCGGCGUAAAAACCUCUGGGUGACAAUGAAGGAUUGCGUUCUCUUAUUCUAGAUUACAUCUUUUUUUUAUAUAUAUGUAGCUGAAUUGAGCCCUUUGAAUUGGCCUCUAAGUUGUCUGGAUAAUAAACUAGCCAUUUUCGUGCAGUAAGCCUGGUGAUCUGAUUUGUUAAUGGGACGGUUAGUGAGUCGCCAGAUUGUUUUGCAUGUAAUUUAAAAAAGUGGAAAAAUCUCUGUUAAUCGGGAAGCACGUGUCUCUGUCGCUAGCUAUUUUUCCAGGAGUUAUUUCAUUCAUUUUGGCAUAUCGCUCGUUUUGUUCUUACAAACUCAGUAUUAAUUAAAUCAGUCUGACUUUGAUUAACGUUUGUAAAAUAAGACGCAGAGCUUCCAAGUAUAUGUCUCUUUACACGCCAAGUCUAAUAUUAAAACACCGUUGUGGAGCGGCUACUAUCAUGUUUAAUAGUGAGAAAACAAGUGGAAAUGCACGAUCUUUGGAAGGAGUUAAAACACAUGACCUCGACUCCACAAAUGAACGCACUUCGUCCAAGCCAAGUGACAGUUUUAAUUAUCAUGAUUUUCUAGUAUUAAAUCAUCAGGAAGACGGCUCCUCUUUUUCAAGAUUCCUGCGACAAAGAAAACUUAUUCUUCAUAUCGAUCUCAACAACACGAUCCUGGUGUCUGACACAGUCACCAAACAAGGGACUAUUGCGGCUUUGGACUACUUUCUGUCUACAGUUACUUGGGGACGAAUAACCAAACAAGGUAAAUGGGAGUGGAUAAGUGAUUCACCCUCCCUCCUCCCACCUUGUGAGGGCGCUGUGAGUUACUACUCCCACUUUGGUCGGGUGGCAGGCUUCACCAGCACUGCAGCUGGGCGACGCUUCAGGGGAAUCCUGGAGGAGCACCUGGACAUGCUGCUUUGGCCCACAGAGCAGAAGGAGGACCGGGAGCUCUCUGUGAGAGGCGAGGAUGGCCGACUGUACCACUGGAUUCUGCCUUCCUUUUUCCAGCUGCUGCAGGACUUGGCCGCCAUGGGUGGGGAGUUCGGCAUCGUCUUCCGCACAUUUGGGACGGACCUGCCACGACUGCUUAGCGCCCUGCAGCGCGUACUGACCCAGGGCUCUCACCCGCUCUUCCCUGACCUCCCGGCACUCGGGUUGACCGUUAACACCAUCCCAGGGCGCAUCCGCUGCAGCCGAAGAGGCGCCAGUCUGAGCCGGGGUGAUGAGCGUGUGCUACACCAAGAUGGGGAGCGGUGCCUUUACCAGUUCUUCAGCUCUGUCCAGGGCCUGGGAGGCUUCCAGGACGACUUUGACUGGUGGGCUCGCAACUCCUACUCCAUCCUGGGUGGAAAGCCACUGCUGGUGGACCCCUUUGACCCCACAGUGCAGCACAUCUUCAUAGACGACAACAUCCGCCUGGAUGACAAGGACACCAUUGUCCAGCCAAAGGUGUUUUUGGACCCAGAGGGUAUGCUGACACGUGUGGCCUCCACCUCUGAACUGUAUGAUAUCUGCCUGGUGCAAAAUGACCUUCUGCAGGCCAUCUCCAAUCGCAGCUACUUCAUCCAGCGUAUCCAGAUCUGCUCGGAGAACUACGAGAGGAACCUAAUGCAGGGACCCAGCUAGACGGUAGUUGGGGGGGCACCAAGUUCGUGUAGGAGUUUUUUUGGUUUUUUUUUUUUGAAAAUGGCACUUUAGGAUUUCACAGGUGUCCUCUUGCUGCAGGAAAGACACUUAGUUACUGAGUUGCUGCACUAGUGGUACAGGUCAGCUGUCAUUAGGUUAAUUGUGUGUGUGUGGGGUUGACUCACACUUUCAGGCCAUUUAGCUGCAAAAAAUGCUCCAGAGUAUGUCAGGCAUGUGACCUCACUGCAUGAUUUCUGUCCUCCAUGAAUGAGUUCCCUCUCGCGUCUCUGCUUUAUGAGCCUACAGCAGGACCAUUGGGGGGGCACUGGGGAGCGAGGCAUGGGGAGCUGUUUCUGGAAGCGCUGGAGAAGGUGUUCAUUUGAAAGUACAUGUAUUAAAUACACAGAUGUCUUUUAUUAGCGACAAACAUCAAAAUAACCAAAAAAGGAAUUUGUGAAGUUUUAUAGCUAUAUUUUCUCAGCAUUGUCGGGUGAGCAUGGAUUGGUAAUACCUGAGUGAUAGUUGCACUGGGUCAGAAGACUGUUGAACUGAAACUGCGGGUCUCCAUCCAGGUUGUAUUGUGUGCAUGUACACUGGAGUCUGCAGUGCUGCACUAUGGUGUUUCUUGGUAUAUUCCCAAUACAAAAUGACAAAAUGAAGCAGGGAACGCUUAUCAUAUUGAUGUGAAAUGGAUCGAAACGCGUCGAUUUUAAAGAGCAAUUCAAUUUCAGUUAGAACAUUUGCUUUUCUCAAUCUGCCAUGAUGUUGACAUGAGUCUGCAGCUGAACACAGGCUGGAAUCUGUGUCUUGAUUGAUGUGACACCUUUAACUGGUUUAACUGGAGUGCUUGUGUUGGGUAAUGUGGAAAAUUUUAUUGGUCAGAGAACCGUAAGACAAAAUAUUUAAUCUGGAGUAUUUAAGCAUUCCUUUGCACUUGAUUUAUAUGUGUGUGUCUGUCAGAUGUAUUGCACUGUUAAAUGCUGUAUUGACUGUCUUAGGUUACGUUUUUGUUGUGUUCCUUUCUGAACGUUUCUAAUUACACUAACUAGGAACUGACCACCCCCAGUAUAAUUUUGGACCAGAUGAUAUAUAUGUUAGUAGGACCAUGAAUCGACUAAAAAAUUAACUACUUAAUCACACAGUUUUCUAUGACUGAUCAUGAUUAACUGCACCUAACAUUAAAACUUAUGCAUAUUUACAUAUUGUAUCUCCAAAUUUUGAGUUUCCCUCCAGGGGUCAAUAAAGUAUUUAUCCGUC